UGCUUUCGCAAAUAAGUCUAACCUUCUACAACCACAGUGACGAUUUGACAAAGGAGUCGACGCUUGGCAUAAAUCCGACGAGAAACAAUUCGUCGCGCGAGGCAGAAACGAAACAAAAAACGUGACGCGCGAGUCAGGACAGUAACAAAAACACGUGACGAUCGCUUGAAGCCCUUACCAAAGUCUCUUCUCUCUCUCUCUUUCAGACUUUGGCUUCCUUCGGAGUAUAAAGUUGGGCCGUUCCCGGGCUGGCCUCUCAGUCUUACCAAGGUAACCUCGCAGGUUGUAGAUCCUAUUUUCAGAGUCUCGGCCUUUUCAAGAUGGAUGACGAAUGUGCGCUGGCGCUGGUUAUUGAUAACGGCUCGGGAGUGGUCAAGUCUGGCUUUGCUGGGGAUGACGCCCCCCGCGCUGUCUUCCCCUCCAUCGUAGGGCGCCCCCGUCAUCAAGGUAUCAUGGUGGGCAUGGGCAUCAAGGAUGCCUACGUAGGGGAAGAAGCCCAGUGCAAGCGAGGCAUCCUGACUCUCAAGUACCCCAUCGAACAUGGCAUCAUCACCAACUGGAACGACAUGGAGAAGGUCUGGCACCACAACUUCUACAAUGAGCUCCGCGUCGCUCCCGAAGAGGCUCCUGUCCUCCUGACGGAUGCCCCAAUGAACCCCAAAACCAACCGAGAGAAAAUGACGCAGAUCAUGUUUGAGUCCUUCACCGUUCCCGCCCUCUACGUGGGCAUUCAGGCCGUCCUCGCCCUCUACGCUUCAGGUCGUACCACGGGUAUCGUCAUGGACUCCGGUGAUGGCGUCACUCACACCUGCCCCAUCUUCGAGGGAUACGCCCUUCCCCACGCCAUCUGUCGUCUUGACCUCGCCGGUCGAGACCUGACCGACUACCUGAUGAAGAUCAUGACCGAGAGAGGCUACUCCUUCACCACGACAGCCGAGCGCGAGAUCGUCCGUGACAUCAAGGAGAAGCUCUGCUACAUCGCCCUCGACUUCGAACACGAGAUGACGGUCGCCUCCACGUCCGCCUCCCUCGAGAAGUCCUACGAGCUUCCAGACGGCCAGAUCAUCACCCUGGGAGACGAGCGCUUCCGCGGCCCCGAGGCCAUGUUCCAGCCGUCCUUCCUGGGCAUGGAGGCCAUCGGCAUGCACGAACUCAUCCACUACUCCAUCAUGCGAUGCGACAUCGACAUCAGGAAGGACCUGUUCUCGAACAUCGUCCUGUCCGGGGGCACGACCAUGUACCCUGGCAUGGGAGACAGGAUGCUGAGGGAGAUCGUGUCCCUCAGCCCUCCCGUUCUGAAGGUCAAGAUCAUCGCUUCCCCAGAGAGGAAGUACUCUGUCUGGAUCGGCGGUUCGAUCCUGUCUUCUCUGUCCACAUUCCAGGAAAUGUGGAUCACGAAGGAGGAAUACGAGGAGUCUGGCCCCAGUAUCGUUCACAGGAAAUGCUUCUAAGUGAUGUAGUCUUUAUUUAAGGUGGAUUGUUUAUUUUCUAAUAAAGCCCUAUUUUUGUA